AUGACUCCAGUUGUGGUCGUGGUGCUCUUUCUCUCCUGUUUGCUUCUUCUUUCACUGUGGAAACAGAGCUGGAAAAGAAGACUUCCACCUGGCUUCACGCCUCUGCCAAUUAUUGGAAGUGUGCUACAGCUGGAUGUGAAGAACAUCAGCAAAUCCUUAAGCAAUCUCUCAAAAGUCUACGGCCCGGUGUUCACUGUGUACCUUGGCAGGAAGCCCACUGUGGUGCUGCAUGGCUAAUAUGAGGUGGUGAAGGAAGCCCUGAUUGAUCGGGGUGAGGAGUUCUCUGGCAGAGGCAGUUUCCCAUUGGCUGAAAAAUUUCACAAAGGACAAGGAGUCAUUUUCAGCACUGGAAAUGCAUGGAAGGAGAUGCGGCACUUCACCCUCCUGGCCCUGCGGAAUUUAGGGAUGGGCAAGAGGAGCACUGAGAAACAUGUUCAAGAGGAAGCCCGCUGCCUUGUGGAGGAGUUUAGGAAAACCAAUGCAUCACCCUGUGAUCCCACUUUUAUCCUGGGCUGUGCUCCCUGCAAUGUGAUCUGCUCCAUUAUUUUCAACAAUCGUUUUGAUUAUAAAGAUCAUGAUUUUCUAAACCUUUUGCAAAUGUUAAAUGAGAGUGCGAGCAUUAUGAGCUCUCCAUGGAUACAGAUCUGCAAUAAUUUCCCGGUUCUCCUUGACUAUUUUCCAGGGAGUCAUAACAUAGUAUUAAAAAAUUUUGAUAAUAUUAAAAGCUAUGUUAUGAAGAAAGCCAGGGAACAUCAAGCAUCCUUUGACAUUAACAAUCUUCGGGACUUUAUUGAUUACUUCCUGAACAAAAUGGAGCAGGAAAAGCACAACCCACAGUCGGUGUUUACUUUGGAAAAUUUGACAAUCACUGUAUUUGAUAUCUUUGGAGCUGGGACAGAGACAACAAGUAUCACCCUGAGAUAUGCUCUCCUGCUCUUGCUGAAGCACCCAGAAGUCUCAGCUAAGGUCAAGGAAGAGAUUGACCGUGUGAUCGGCAGAGACCGGAGCCCCUGCAUGCAGGACAAGAGCCGCAUGCCCUACACGGACGCUGUGGUGCACGAGAUCCAGAGAUACAUUGACCUCAUCCCCAACAGCCUGCCCCAUGCAGUGACCCGUGACAUUAUAUUCAGAAACUACCUCAUCCCCAAGGGCACACGCAUAGUAACAUCUCUGACUUCUGUGCUUCAUGAUGACAAAGAAUUCCCCAACCCAGAGAAGUUUGACCCCGGCCACUUCCUGGAUGAGAGAGGCAACUUUAAGAAGAGUGACUACUUCAUGGUUUUCUCAGCAGGAAAACGGUUGUGUGCCGGAGAGGGCCUGGCCCGCAUGGAGCUGUUUUUAUUCCUGACCACCAUAUUACAGAAAUUUACCUUGAAAUCUGUGGUCGACCCAAAGGACAUCGACGUUACUCCUGUUGCCAGUGGGUUUGCUUCAGUGCCACCUCCUUACCAGCUCUGCUUCAUUCCUGUGUGAAGGAAGAGCAGACCUCCUGGCUGCUGCUGUGUUGUCAUCCUCAUCUCCCAUGCCUCUGGGGGGUUUGUUCACUUCCUUCACACUUCACCCCCUUCCCAAGAAUGUCUUCCCUGACCUCCCAUUUCAUAUCUCCUCAUUCCUUCCAGUGAACAUCCAAUCUCCAUUAAAGGGAAUUUCCUAAGUUUUACUGUGCACAUUUAUUCGCUAUUCUCUAUGUUCUUCUAUGUCCAUACUCAGCUCUUCAUCUGUAACCUCCGUAUGAUAAUUACUGAUGAUAAUAUUCAAAUGAAUCCAUGAAUGAGAAAGACA